AUGCUGGGAAGUGUAUUUUUCCGCGACCUCGCACCUCUGGGUCGGAGAGGCUCCGAGUCUGUCGCCAUUUUAGGUCCCGAGUACUGGAUGAAUGAAUACACCUCAUCCAUUGGAAUUGGAGUUUUUCAUUCAGGAAUUGAAGUGUAUGGUAGAGAAUUUGCUUAUGGUGGCCAUCCUUACCCUUUUUCUGGAAUAUUUGAAAUUUCCCCAGGAAAUGCUUCUGAACUAGGAGAAACAUUUAAAUUUAAAGAAGCUGUUGUUUUAGGGAGCACUGACUUCCUAGAAGAUGAUAUAGAAAAAAUUGUAGAAGAACUGGGAAAAGAAUACAAAGGCAAUGCCUAUCAUUUAAUGCAUAAAAACUGCAAUCACUUUUCUUCAGCUUUAUCAGAGAUACUUUGUGGGAAAGAGAUUCCUCGCUGGAUCAAUCGGCUCGCCUACUUCAGCUCCUGCAUACCCUUUCUACAGAGCUGCCUCCCGAAGGAGUGGCUCACUCCCGCAGCCCUGCAGUCCAGCGUCAGCCAGGAGCUGCAGGAUGAACUGGAGGAAGCGGAGGAUGCUGCUGCAUCUGCUGCCAUGGCGAGCACUGCAGCAGGCUCCAGACCCGGGCGCCACACUAAACUAUAAAUAUCUCCAAAGUCACCCUGCAGAACUGUCUCCCGCAGUUGAAUAUCACUAGAGAAAAGUAAACAGAGUAAGCAUCCUUUGGAUAUUUUGUAUGCAAAGAUGGCUCUCCCCCAAAUCCCAGUUUUUCAGCUCAGGAUUAUAUUUGUAAUCAAAAAAAAAAAAAAAAUCACUUGGCGCAGGAGGGAGAACUUUGUACAAAGCUGCCCCCUGCUUUUUUUUUAUCCACUUGUAAAUUUGGAUUUACUUCUUCUGUUUUAUACAAGCUCUGUUAAGUUAUGUUUACAGUAUUUUGUAUCGCUGUUUACAAAUCUUGCAUGGACUUCUGCUGCCUGAAAGAAGAAAAUCCUCAUCUUCAGAAAUUAGGCAGGUAAUCUUUGUACACUUCCUGACAAUUGCCAGAGCUGUGGCAUAAAUAAUAGGCACACAAAAAGGUACUUACUCAGUUACAGUCGCCAUCACCUGCUUAGGAAUUCUCUUUUAGAUUUGUGUUUGUUUUGUUAAUGUUUUUGGCACCAGGAUGCAGCAAACCAAACUGGCCUGCUGUGAAGGAGCACACACAGCCCGAGGGUUUGGGACCCUGGGUCAUUUCCUCCUUUCUCCCACUCCAAGUAGCACAUCUCCCAGGGUGCCCUUGGGACAGUAGGUGUCAUCCCAAAUAUCCGUCCACCAAAAGGGUGGUCGUCUUGUGUCAGUCUGGCUUUGGCGCCUAUGAUUCUGUAAGAUUUCUUUUGUUGAAGAUAGUCGUGUAACUGACAAGUAUUUUUGCACACAUGUUGGGGGAGGGGCAUCACUUUUAUUUUAAGACAUCAUUAUGUCCUCCCCACACAGGAUUUCGUUCAUGGGAUAGGAACAUCCUAAGUGGUAGCCUUCUGAGUAGCAGUAUGAGUUGACUUUCAUCUGCUUUUCACUGUUCAGGUUGCCUUUUAUACUAGACCUUGAAAACUAGAUUCUAAAGAAACAUACUCCAUUGAAGUAAUUCUUUAAUAUUUCAUACUUUUUAUGUACCAUAUCAGAAAGCAUAUUUUGUUAUGGGAGUAGUUUCACCUCAUAGAAGAAUGCCUAUUCUCAUUGACUUCUUGCUGAAAAAUCCUAUUUGUAUGUCUUCAACAUUCAUCUUUUAUAUGUUCUCUCAGAUGUAUGUCUCUCUUACCUCACAUACUUUAAGAAUGAAUUUUUCGUCGGAGAUAAAUCCUCAUUAGCAAGGAUGCUGUCUGCUCAAGCCUACUCCCAGUUUGACCCUUGGAUGUAAGAACCAAGUCAUUAUAUGUUAAAUUGAAUUUUUCUGCCUUAAGAAUGAAUGUCCUAAGUAAAAUAUUGGAUGCAGUAUAUAAAUGAUCUAAGGCAGUGACUUCAGCUUUAGAUGUUAGUUUUAAGGUUAUUUACAUUUAUUUAAACUUUUAGAUUAGAUCAUUUGCUGUUGCUUUCUGUGAUGAUACAUAUCUUUCAGUAAACUACAUUUUUAACUUUUCCAUAAGCUGAUUUUGAUUGGUUUUUAUCAACUUAAGCACACCCUGUUGAUAGGGAAAAUAAACCUUAGGUUAUAAAUACUGGCCUGAGGAAGAUGAAACCACUUUAUGCUUUUUGACUAUUCUAUUUCUAGAGCGAUAAAAACCUUUACCUGUAACUCUCUGUUCUUUAGGGGUAGAGUACUUGCUCUAAGAGAUGUGAUGGAAUAUGUGAUCUUUAUGAAAUGUUGACUUGGUUUAGGUCUAAACAUGAGACUUAAGACAAAGCACUUAGGCUCCAGCAGUCUAAGUGGUUCACUAAAAGAAGAGUCCUAACACCAGAAGCCAGAUACAUAGGAAAUGUUCUGAUGCAUUUGGCCUGGGGGUUUUUAGUAAUAUAGAUUAUAGUUUUUUCCAAUCCUCUCAAAUAUACAUUUUUAAAUGUGGGCUACUGACCCAAAGGAGUGGCCAUUAGUUAGACACUUCUUGAUGAAUAGCCAGGGACAUCUGAUCUUUGCUUAUUUACAAUUCAGCAAGUCAACAUAUAAAUGGUUUUGUUGUAUUUACUGUCAUCUGCAGCAUUUGGAGUUUAAAACUAGUUCAAAAAGGUAUUAGGAAUACUGGCCUGUGGCCAAUUGUCACACUAAAAAUUAUCAGAUAAAAUUUUGGACAUACAGCUGCCUGUGGUGGCAGAUGCCUGUAAUCACAGCAUUUGGGAGACUGAGGCAGGAGGAUCACUGCAAGUUCAAGG